AUGGCGGCCAACACAAACAUAUCGAAGAAGCGGAAGUUCGUGAACGACGGGGUGUUCCAGGCGGAGUUGAACGAGUUCCUGUCUCGGACUCUGGCUGAAGACGGCUACUCGGGCGUGGAAGUCCGCGUGACUCCCAUCCGCACCGAAAUCAUCAUCAGAGCCACUCGCACGCGCGAAGUCCUCGGCGAGAAGGGCCGUCGCAUUCGCGAGUUGACUUCGCUGGUUCAAAAGCGCUUCGGCUUUCCCGCGGACUCCGUCGAGCUCUUCGCCGAAAGAGUCGAAAACCGCGGCCUCUGCGCGAUGGCCCAGGCCGAGAGUCUGCGUUAUAAGCUCCUCAAGGGGCUGGCCGUUCGCAGGGCUUGUUAUGGGGUCCUCAGACAUAUUAUGGAGUCCGGGGCUAAGGGUCCGCUGCUGCUGCUGCUGCUGCUGCUGCUGCUGCUGCUGUGGGUGCUGCGGGCGUGGGGGGCUGGCGCGGGUGCUGUGAAGCAGCACUGCUGUGGGCUACCAGCUGCUGCUGAUGAUGGGGAUGAUGAGGACGAGGACGGGACUGCUGCUGCUGCGGAGGGUGAUACCGCUGCUGCUGCUGCUGCUGCUGCUGCUGCUGCUGCUGCUGCUGCUGCUGCUUAG